AUGGAAAGUGAUACAGACAAAUCUCUCUCCCCCAGCCGUACAGGACGGAGAUCCACUCUUCAAUCACGAGCGUCAAAGGCAUCAGUCAAAUUGUCGUUAGAAGACUUCGAUGAGGAAACAAACCCUGCUCCCUACUUGAACACCCCGCGGUCACUUGAUGCUUGCUCUCGGCAAGGAGUGUUGCCAGAAGAACUCAUGUACAAGAGCAAGAGCUCUUUCGGAAGCAAAGAGACUCCCUCUCGAAUCCUACAGCUGCGCUACGAACACUAUGAGAAUGCAAGAAAGAUGAAGCUCGAGGCGGUGAUGCGAGAGUACAAGAAUAUCAGAGAUGAGAGCAGGAAAAGACUGACCCCCCGUCAGCGGGAGACAGGAGAUUCUUCACAUCGGAGUGCCACUGUGAGCGUGAGAUCUGAACAAGACGAGGAACAGAAAAUGAUUGAGAGCAUGCAUCGGCAAAUUGAAGCGAUGAAAAGGAAGCAGAAAGAAGAUGUUGAGAGUAUGCUGCUGAACGAAUUCAAAGCCGAACGUCUGCGUCAAAUUCACGACGAGAAGAUGGCGGAGAAGAAGAAGAAGGAGCAAGCUUUGCUGGACGAGAAGAAGCAAAAAGAAGCUGAAUGGAUGAAGAUGCAGGCUGCGCGUGAAGCAAAGCGGCGGCAAGAAGAGGCGGAGGAGGAAGCAAGAAUAAAGCGAGAGAUGGAAGAGAAACUGCAAGAAGAGAAGGAGAAGCGUCAGAAGGCAGAAGCCGAAGAGCGUGAAAGACGAAUAGCAGCAAAAGCAAAAGAGCAGGAGCGCGCGCAGAGAAUGGAGUUGCUGAAGAAGAAGCAAGAGAUGUACAACAAGCAGCAAGAAAGGCAAGCAGAGGCAAGACGUCAAGCGAUGGAAGAAAAGGACAAGAGCAAGAUGCAAGCGAGAGAGGAGAUGCGAAUAGCAGCCAUCAAAGAAAACGAAGCAAAGAAGCUGCAGAUUGAGGCCCGCGUCCAGGCAGCAAAAGAAGCGCAGAUGGCAACACUGGAACGACAAAGCUUGUUGUUUGCAGAGAAAGAGCGCAAGGCAGAGGAGAAGAGAAUUAACUUCGAGAAGCAGCGAGUCGAAACACAGGAAGAAAUUAAGCGAAGAGCAGAAGCCAAGGCGGAGCAUAUCAAGAAGGUCAUGGACGACAUGGCAGUGCGCGAACAAAGGAAAACAGAAACCUUGAUGCAGAGAGAACGAGAAGCCCAAGAAAGAAUGAGAAUCUUGCAGGAGGAGCGCGAGCGAGAGGAGGAAAAGAAAAAAAAGCAAGGAGAGGAGAAACAGGAGCAAGAAGCGAAGAUCUCAACCUUGCAGGAGUUCAAGAAAGAGACGCUGGGCCCACAGAAGGAGUUGGAGAAACAGAAGAGAGAGGAGAAGUUGGAAGCGAAGCGGAAGAAAGCGAUGGUGAGAGAGUCUGUGAAGUUGUCAAUCUUUGACUUGUCAAUGGACCAGCACGAUGAGGAGAUGCGGAAACAAGCAAUCAUCGAGAAGCAACAAGAGCAUCAGGAGAUCUUGGAAAAGCUGCAGGAGCAGCGCAAACAGGAGGCCUUGUUCUUGCAGGAAGUGGAAAAGCUCAAAAAGCAGGAGAAACAAGAAGCUGUGGAGAGGCUCAAGAGGAUGGAGGCCUACAACAGAGAGAUGGUCCUGAAGAAACUCGAGGAGGACAACAAGAAGACAGCAGAGCUGCAGGUGGAGGAGGCCCGCAAAGAGCGAUUACAGAAAGAGAAGGAGAAGAUCAAACAGGCCCAAGAGCAGCAGAAGCGGGUGAGUGAGGCUUUGUUUCUUUCCUUUUGCUCUUUCUUCUUCGUUUCCUCUUGUCUUUCUCCUAUCUGGUGGGAACCUCCUCCUGGCAUGGACCUCGAGAUCGACGUCGCAGACCUGCAGAGACGCGUGGAUGAAGAGCUGGGUUCGAAGAAGCCGCAAACUUCUAACACUAGAAGCUCCUCCCGCGUCAGCGUCAACCCCCGUCCAGCUGGUCACCAGCCGGAGGAGUCUGAGGACAUGGAGAGCUCGGGGGUCGAGAGGAGAGGAGGAGGCAGGAAGAAGAAGGAGAGAGGAGCAAAGAGCGCCCCCCUGCGCGAGAAAGGCGAGGGCGAGCAAAUGAAGAAAAUCAGCGUCGUGCUGCCUUCCGAGCCCGAAGAGAUCGAGACUGAGAGGAGCGGGACAAGGGAGAAGCCAGAGGGAGCUGGCAAAAGAGUGGAGGAGGAGGAGGAGAAGGAGAAGGACUCGAUGGAGCAUACGGAUCGAGAGGAGGAGGGGAGAAGAGGAAAGUCGGACGGGCAGAAGAAGAGGAAGAAAAUGAGCGUGCAGAAGAUGAAGCUCAAUGACCUGACAAAGUCUGCGUACACGGAGGAGGAAGGGAACGAAGAGGGGGAGGAGCAGGACGAGGACGAGGAUGACGAGGACGAGGAGCAGGAGCAGGAGGAUCAGGAGCAGGAGCAGGAGCAGGAGCAGGAGCAGGAGCAGGAGCAGGAUCAGGAGCAGGAGCAGGAGGAUCAGCAGCAGGAGCAGGAGCAGGAGCAGGAGCAGGAGCAGGAGCAGGAGGAUCAGCAGCAGGAGCAGGAUCAGGAGCAGGAGCAGGAGCAGGAGCAGGAUCAGGAGCAGGAGCAGGAGGAUCAGCAGCAGGAGCAGGAGCAGGAGCAGGAUCAGGAGCAGGAGCAGGAGGAUCAGCAGCAGGAGCAGGAGCAGGAGCAGGAGCAGGAGCAGGAGCAGGAGCAGGAGCAGGAGCAGGAGGAAACCUUCGUAUUAAAGUCGUCGGGGAAUCACCGGCACGAGGAUCACAGGCAGUGGAGCUCGCAGAACCUCUGGCUGAGUGAUCAACGGCUGCCGAGCAACGCCAAGGCCUUCGCCAUGCAGCUCAUCGACGAGCUAAGUGGUGGUGCUGGAGAUAAUUUGGACGCAGAUCGGAUGCUUCGCUUGGAGGCUGUAGACGAUAAUGCUGAGGAGAAGGAGCGGCUGGAGGGAGCGUUCGCAGUUGAGAGAUCGGCAGCAUCAGACCGGAUCAUGAGGAUAACAGCUGAGCAUGACAUGAUCCUGAAGCAGAGGCUCGCUCAGAUGGGCCUCUCGCUCUAG